GGGGGUAAUAAGUUAGGCGAAGUGGCGGCGAGGGGGAGACAGCUCCCUCACUGUUGUUUCCCAUCCCUACAGAGAAGCAGUCAUGGUCGAGACCGGUUUCCUUCCAGCGCCGAAGGUGCUUCCGGGAUACCAUCGUGAAGGAGUGAGACGUGCGGCAGUCCGUCCGCGGCCCGGUCAACCAUCAUCUUCCUCCUCUUCCUCCUCCUCCUUCCCGAAUUCUGCAAAGCGGCACCUGUCUCCUCAGGGAGCGGCCGACUGCGGGCGCUGAGUACAUGUUCCGGGUGGCUCAGCCCAACCCGAGCAGACCUCCGGCCGCCAGAAAGAGCUGGCAUUUUAGUAAAACUAUGGAGGAGCUAGUUCACGAUCUAGUCUCUGCACUGGAAGAAAGUUCAGAGCAAGCAAGAGGUGGCUUUGCAGAUACGGGUGAUCAUUCUCGCAGCAUCUCAUGUCUUCUAAAACGCCAGGCUCGAAAGAGAAGGGGAAGGAAAAGACGUUCGUUUAAUUCACAUCAUCCCUGGGAGACUGGACAUUGUUUAAGUGAAGGUUCUGAUUCCAGCCUUGAAGAGCCAAACAAGGAUUAUAGAGAGAACUAUGCUGCUAAUAAGAAAGACCACAGUGAUUCUGAUGACCAAGUGUUGGUUGCAAAACGCAGACCAAAUUCAAAUUUAAAUAACCUAAGAGGCAAAAGACCUCUGUGGCAUGAACCUGAUCUAGCUGUUGACAAUGUAGGUAAUAGGACUCUGCGUAGACGUCGAAAGGUGAAACGAAUGGCAAUUGAUCUACCUUCUGAAGUAACAAACAAAAUUACGUUGCCCCAACAAGGCAAUAUUAAGGACCAGGAAAUGGACAAUGACAACAAAUCUUGCUCCCAUCAAGAACUAUCAAAGAGUAAAGUUAAAAAAAGAAAGCUUGCAGCAAAUAGGCAAGGCCCAGACAUUUUGGAUGAAGGCGUGGUCAUAGAGAAUGAUGAAAUCAAUCCUGUGAACAAGGAUAAAAUGGAGUAUGAAGAGCAAAAAGGCUCAGAUGAAAACAUGAGCGACAGUGAAUCCAGCAGCCUCAGCAGUAGUGAUGCUGGUUUGUUUACCAAUGAUGAGGGAAGACAAGGAGAUGAUGAGCAAAGUGACUGGUUCCAUGAAAGUGAACCUGGAGGUGCCUGUGGCAUUACUGGAAUUAUUCCUUGGUGGGAAAAGGAAGAUUCAACAGGACUGGAGAAAGAAAUGCCUGACCCCAUCUUUGAAAGUAUUUUAACAGGCAGCUUCCCACUUAUGUCACAUUCAGGCAGGAGAGAUUUCCAGACAAGGCUUAGUCAUCUUCAUGGAAUGCCAGCAAGAAACAUCAAAAAGGUAACAGGAAACACAACUGCAAUGAUGACUUUGCAAAACCUGUACAAGAACAGUUGCUCAGUGUCUAUGAAAAGGAGAAAGAGUGGGGAGGAGGAGAAAAGGACAUACUUUCUGAUGAGCUUUCAUUUGACUAAAAGGCCAAAUCAUAAACUACUACAUCACAAUGCACACAGAGACCUGACCAAACACUUCUGUUCAGCUUGAUUAAAUCAUAUUAUGUAAUAGAUUACGUAUUAUGUAAUACAACGUUCCCCAACCUUUCUGGGUUGGUGGCCUGACACAGGGGGAGGGGGGAAGAGAGGAUGGUUUUGUGUGAGGAGCAGGUUUCAUUUGCAUGAACGACGGCCAUUAACUAUUUCUACUGUGUGAAUCUGCUUCUCAGCUUCUGCUAUCUGUACUGUGAAGACAGAACUUCUGAAAAUUUUGUUAAAUUAUUGUAAGGAUUAUUUGUAUGUAUGUAUGUAUGUAUGUAUGUAUGUAUGUAUGUAUGUAUAUUUCUCCUCUAAAUUGUAAAAAAGGUGAUUAAGUUUCAACUGAUAGAAAUAGGCCGUGUACAUACAUACAUACAUACAUACAGUCUUUGGUUAUUCGGAUUUUCUCCCGUGUCAAAUUGGAAGUGUCUUGGCGACGUUUCGACGAAGUCCCAUUCGUCAUCUUCAGGCUGGUGUUUUCGGCUUCUUGCUUCUAGGAGCAAUGUGUGAUCAUAGCUGUUUCUUCCUUUUAACUGCUAGUUGGGGUAUAUUAUACUGUGAAUCUCUACUUUGCCUAAUAGAAAAUUACCUGUUAGAAAAUAUUGUAAGCCAUAAAAUGAACAUAUGUGUAGGCUUGUGUCUUUAUUAGAAGAAAAGAUGAAAAGUUUUGAGAAUAUUUUUUGAUAAUGAAAGAUGCAAAAGAAACUAGGACGUUCCUGGGAAGGACAAAUGAAACUCAGGAGAGGCAGAGAAGGGAAAUAAACGCUCAAGAAUAUUGAGAGAAAGUUUGUGACUGUGGAACAGGAGAUAUGAAUCAGUCUCUCAGUCUGAAGACAGUCCACAGCGGCCUGAAUAAACUAGCCAAUUUCAGAAAACAGUCCGGCCUCCAUGGCUGAAAGAAGCCCAAUAAUCACACUGGAGAAAUGUAUCAUGGUCCUUAAUGCCCUGCUGAGAGAAACUGAGGUUGCAUUACAGGUAGUCCUUCUGUUGCAACCAUUUGUUUAGCAGCCCUUCAAAGUUACAAGAGCACUGAAAAAAAUAACUUAUGACCUGUCCUUGCAUUUAUGACCAUCAUAGCGUCCCCAUAGUCAUAUAAAAAUUUGGUUGCUUGGCAAUUGGCAUGUAUUUAUGACAGUUACAGUGUCACUUGAUCCCCAUUUGCAACCUUCUCAGUCAGUUUGCGACAAGCAAAAUUAAUCAGGGAAGUGGAUUUGGUUAAUAUUUAUAUGAGUCACUUAACAAAAUGGCACAAGUUAUAAAAUUGGGCAUGACUUAUUUAAAAACCACCUUGCUUAAUCAAAUUAAAUUCUGGCCCCAGUUGUGGCCAUAAGUGGAGAAUUAUCUUUUGCAAGUAGUUCUCAACUUAUUUAAUAUGUUACUUAAUAUAUUUCAAGAGGUAUGUUGUUCUCCAAAUGUUCAUAUGCAGGUUUUUUCAAAUUCAUUGAUAACUUCCUAAUAAUUAAUUUAGGGAUGAAUAAUACCAGAAAGACCUUGAUGGAAGUCCAGAAAAUAUGACUCUUAGGCAAGAAAAUGAAGAGAUAAGAAGUAUAAUUUAUAUUUUCCUAAUUUUUCUAGUUGUGGAUCAUGUUGAAAAAAGAGAAAAUUGUUUCUUACAUGGAAUAUUAAAAGAAAGGAAAGCUGUUUCAUACACAGAAGCCAGUUCACAUGCACAGUUAGCUUUUUUUAUUCAUCAUGUGUCUUUGUAGUGUAAUCUCAUUGUACCUAUUGAAGAUUAUAUACACACAGACACAUUUGUUUAUUAGUAUUUGUAUGUGUUUGUGUAGUUAUUAGUCUGCAUUGUGAUUUUUUUUUAAAUUUCUGGUAUGUUAAUAA